AAAAAAAGAAAAAUAAGCUAAUUUCUUUAUCUCUCCUCAUUUUUCAUUAAUAUUCAUAUUCAAUUCUAUGGAAAAUCUUUAGCUAAUCACACCAUUCUCUCUCAUCACCUCCAUUACUACACCACCUUCCCAAUUCUCAAAUCAAAAUCAAAUCUUGAUUAAUUUAUAACAGCAAAGAGGGCAAAAAAACCCUAAUUUCUAGAAAAAGUUUCCAACUUUGAAGAAAUUGAGAGAAGAUGAGGCCUCAGAGAAAGACGAUCCAUACGAUUAUGGCGUGGUUAAGAAGGCAACCGCCGAAAGUGAAGGCGUUUCUUGCGGUGGUCGCCGGAAUGGCGGCGUUGGUGUUGCUGAGAGCGGUGGUUCGUGACCACGAUAAUCUCUUUGUUGCGGCUGAAGCUGUUCAUGUUAUUGGAAUUGCUGUUCUUAUCUAUAAACUCACAAAGGAGAAAACUUGCGCUGGACUCUCACUUAAGUCACAGGAGCUUACGGCUAUAUUUUUAGCAGUUAGGCUGUAUUGCAGUUUUGUCAUGGAAUAUGAUAUCCACACGCUGCUUGAUUCAGCUACCUUGGUUUUCACAUUGUGGGUCAUCUAUAUGAUUCGAUUUAACUUGAGGUCAACAUAUAUGGAGGACAAGGACAACUUUGCUCUAUAUUAUGUGCUAGUACCAUGUGCUGUUUUAGCAGUUUUGGUUCAUCCAUCAACUUCGCACAACAUCUUAAACAGAAUUUCGUGGGCAUUCUGUGUAUAUUUAGAAGCUUCCUCAGUGCUUCCUCAACUUCGGGUUAUGCAAAAUACUAAGAUCGUUGAACCAUUUACGGCGCAUUAUGUAUUUGCGCUUGGAGUAGCAAGGUUCUUGAGCUGUGCCCAUUGGGUUCUUCAGGUUUUGGACAGUCGUGGGCACCUUCUAACUGCUUUGGGAUAUGGACUAUGGCCAUCAUUUGUUCUUAUCUCAGAGAUAGUGCAAACUUUCAUUUUGGCAGACUUCUGUUAUUACUAUGUUCAAAGCAUCUUUGGCGGGCAACUUGUCCUACGCCUUCCCUCCGGUGUUGUGUAAACUACAUUUUAUAGGAGGCUGCACCAAAGAAAAUGGUUUUGCAAGCUCAAUGGUGGUUUAAUUAUGCUUAUUUAACCGUCUUUGCACUCCAGAUGGGCUAUCAUGAGCCCAAUCCAGUUAGGGCUGUGUAAAAGUUAGAGAUGAAAGGAGAACAUUGGAUUAAUGUUGAAUCAUACGUUAUUUAUCUGGAAGAUUACAUUAAUUUUACAGCAUCAGAAACUCGGAAACAUAGAUAACUGAGUAUCUGGAGCAAUUAAAACACUGUUUCUCGUCACUUGUAUUUUAUGUGCUUGUGCCUGUAUUUCAUGUAUGGAAAUAUGGAAUCAUAUAGCUCAAAUUUUACCUUUGGGAUUUCUUGUCUUUGUCCUCGCAGAUUAUUUAAAGUAGACUUUUUACCCUUUGAUUGGUGAGUUAUGAAUGGUUGAAGUAUCAGUUCCACCAUCUAA